AUGGUGAAAGUCACGUCCGGCGGCAAAGACUACCACCCGCAAGCCGCAGCGCUAACAGCCGAAGCCUUCAAAAAUGACCCAACCAUCAGAUACAUCCUGGGCACAAUGACCGACAAAACCAGAAAAGCCUACCUACCAGCUUACUUCAACACCCUCUUCCGUGCCGCAAUGCUCAACGGCGCCGUGUUCCAAGAAGCCAACGACUGGUCUUCGUGCGCGGUCUGGAUGCUGCCCGGCCGUAAGGUCGACAAUCCAUGGACGAUGGUUCCGGCCGGUCUUUUGGGUAUGGUCUGGAAAAUGGGCUUCACGCCCGCCAAACGCAUGCUCUGGGAGUACGCGCAGCAAUCUGAUAAAUGCAAGCAUGAGGGACUGAGAGACCGAGAUGGGAGGGUGAUCAAGGAGUAUCACUACUUGUUCUUCAUUGCUACCCCAACUGAGCAUCGCGGGAAGGGCUUAGCUUCUGAAAUCAUUGCUCAGUAUCAAGAGCGAAAUGUCCAAGAUGGGCGGUGCAUCUAUCUGGAAGCGACUACGCCGAAGUCCCGGGAUAUGUAUGCUCGACAAGGGUUCAAGACAGUAGGAAUGCUGAGGCUGGGGAAGGGUACGCAUGAUGAGAAUGCUAACGUAGUUGAGGGCGGUCCAGGCGUGCCUCUUUGGGCGAUGAUAUGGCGACCAGGAGACAAGAAAUCUGAUGGAGGCGACAGUCACUAA